CAAGAUGGAGCCGAUCUUCAGUCCGCCGCUUCACAGACAAAGACAUCAAUUUGUCAUCGAUUUUGUCAAGAGGAUCAAACCCCAGAAGGUGCUGGACUUGGGGUGCGCUGAGUGCAGCCUUCUCAAACAACUGAAGUUUCACCAUGAAAUUGAACUGCUGGUUGGAAUGGACAUCGACGGUGCCAAACUGAAAAGAAAGAUGUAUGAAUUAGCUCCGAUGAUAACUGACUAUCUGCAACCAAGUAAUGAUCAGCUGCGCAUCGAGCUGUACCAGGGCUCCGUCACACAGCGGGACGCCCGCCUCAGAGGAUUUGACCUGGUGACCAGUAUAGAGCUCAUAGAGCACCUCACGCUUGCUGAUGUGGACCGUUUCUCUGAGGUGGUCUUUGGCUACAUGACUCCAGUGGAUGUUAUCGUCAGUACCCCAAACUUUGAGUUCAACCCCCUUUUCCCUGGAAAUGCGGGUUUUAGGCACCAUGACCACAAGUUCGAGUGGAGCAGAGCCGAGUUCAAGUCCUGGGCUCUGAAGGUGUGUUUGGAUUACGGCUAUGAGGUGGAGUUCACUGGUGUUGGACAGGCACCUCCGGGCCAGCAGGAGAGCGUCGGCUUCUGCUCCCAGAUUGGUGUGUUUCACCGGCUCGGGGGAAGAGAGGCCUACAACAUGUUGUUUUGUGAUGGUGCUGAGAAUAUGUUUUCAUACACUCUGCUGUAUAGUAAGAACUACCCCAGCCUGCAGGACAACAACAUCUUGAGUAGGGUCCUGGUGACGGAGGUGUUGUCCGGGGCCGAAGAGCUGAGGAGAAGAUGGGAGGAGAAGACCGGCAAACGGGAUGCUGAGGGGGAUGGGGAGGAACACCACAGAGCGUCAGAGCAACACCUGGAGAUGGAAGAGAAGCAGACAGCUGCAUGUGGAGAAGCAAUAAGGAUCCUGGUGCAGUAUCAGGAAGUUGAGGAUGGAGAGCUGUUUUUGACAGAUGGCCAAGGACACCAGGAGUCUGGCAAAGUUCGCAGGUGUGUGUGUGUACCUCUGGCUGCGCUGUGGUCCCGCUACCCCAAAGUCCGUGCCCUGGCCGGAAGUCUCAGUAACCUCCGGCAGCUCCUGAAGGAUCACCCUGACGUCGCACUGAGCCAGGAUGGCUCGGCUGUGCUCCUAAAUGACCAGGAGCAGGAAGAGAAGGAGGAGCCUGAUGAUUUGGAGGACAGUGGGUAUGCCGAGGCCAGACAGUGCUCCCACAGUGUUGAGCCAGAGGAAGACUGGGAUGCAAAUGUUGGAUCUGAAACAUACGGCUUCAUGUCGGGACAAGUCGGUGACGUGUUUGGUUAG